AUUCACUAUAAAUUGCUGAAAGCUGAAUGCUUAGCAAUGUUGGGGCGUUUUGACGAAGCAGGCGACAUUGCUAUCAGCAUAAUGUAGUUGAAUUCGACCAAUGCCGACGCGAUCUAUGUGCGUGGACUGACGCUUUACUACAGCGAUAAUUUGGGAAAAGGUCUUUUGCACUUUGAAAGAGCAUUACAGCUUGAUCCGGAUCAUAAGAAAGCUAAAUCGAUGCGAGUCAAAGCCAAGCAGCUUAAAGAACGCAAAGAAAAGGGUAACGAACUUUUCAAAAGCGGAAAGUUUGAAGAAGCGCAAGUUGUCUAUACAGAAGCGCUUGCGCUUGAUCCAAUAAAUAAGGACAUCAACAGCAAAUUGUAUAACAACCAAGCCUUGGUGAAUUCCAAAAUUGGAAACAUCAGAGAAGCCAUCACAGAUUGCACCUGCGCGUUAGAAAAUAAUGAGAGAUACAUGAAAGUAUUGCUGCAAAGAGCUAAGUUACAAUACAAUUUGGGAAACUUCGAAGUAUGCGUGAAGGAUUAUGAAAAAGCGUUGAAGUUUGAAAAAACAAUGGAAAUCAAGAACCUGCUUAAAGAUGCAAAACUACAGCUGAAGAAGACGAAACAUAAGGAUUACUAUAAGAUCUUGGGAAUAGGCAAGCAAGCAUCCGAUGAGGAGAUCAAGAAAGCAUACCGAGAACGAGCUCUCGUUAACCAUCCCGAUCGGCACGCCAAUUCGACGGAGGACGAAAAGAAGGAACAGGAACGAAAAUUCAAGGAAGUUGGCGAAGCGUACACGGUUCUUUCCGACCCUGUCAAGAAGAGUCGGUAUGAAAACGGUUAUGACAUUGAAGAGCUUGAUCAAGCUGAUGUUGACCCACAACCAAUGUUCCGGCAGUUCUUCCAGUACCCCUGUGGCGACUCCAACUUCGGUGGUGGAUUCGGCGGCUGUGGUUUCGGUGGCGGCGGCAGCAGUUUCACGUUCCGUUUCGGUUAAGCGCCAAGCUAAAUUUGAUCGGAACAUUUGCAUCACUUAAGACUUUUAGAAACUUUCUCUACUAAGCUUAGUG